UUAUCUUUUUUUUCCUACAAUAUAAUUAUUAAUAAUGCAUCUAACAUCAAGAAGAAUAUAUUAUAAUCUUGUAAAACAGUGUCAAUGUUUUGUGACAACUUCAGCUAAACAGGAAAAGAAGUUUAAAUGGAUAGAACCUAUGGGAACAGAUACCGGUAUUAAAUUGUACAAUCCAAUAACAAAAACUAAAGUUCCUUUGAUAUUAAGAAAAGAAGGUUUUUUAACGUGGUAUAUGUGUGGUCCAACAGUUUAUGAUUCUGCUCAUAUUGGACAUGCGAUUACUUACAUCAGAUCUGACUUUUUACGACGAAUUUUAUCAGAAUAUUUUAAGGUUCAUACAAUAAUGUUAAUGGGUAUAACUGAUAUUGAUGAUAAAAUAAUAAAACGAGCAGCAGAAAAAGGAAUAGAUUUUCGUGAAUUAUCCAAAUUUUAUGAAAAUGAAUUUUUCAACGAUAUGGAAUUAUUAAAUGUUACAAUGCCUCAUUUAAAUUGUAAAGUUACCGAAUAUAUACCUCAAAUAAUACAAUUUAUUAUUAAUAUCUUCGACAAAAAUGGAGCUUAUAUUGGAAAAGAUGGAUCCGUAUAUUUUGAUACCAAAUCAUAUGACAAAUAUGGGAAAUUAAUACUUCCAUUUACUGAUUGUAAUCACUCGGAUAAAAGAUCAUCGUUAGAUUUUGCUUUAUGGAAAGCAUCAAAAGAUAAUGAACCAUAUUGGGAAUCCCCGUGGGGUCGUGGAAGACCAGGAUGGCAUAUAGAAUGUAGUGCUAUGGCAAGUGCAGUAUUUGGAAAAACAAUAGAUAUCCACAGUGGUGGAAUUGAUUUGAUGUUUCCACAUCAUGAAAAUGAAGAAGCACAAUCCUGUUGCUAUCAUGAUAUAGAACAAUGGGUAAACUAUUGGUUACAUUGUGGACAUUUAUGUUUAAAAGAUAAUAUUAAAAUGUCCAAAAGUUUACAAAAUACUAUUAGCAUAAAGAAAUUUCUCGAAAAAUAUACGGCUAAUGAUUUAAGAAUGUUGUGUUUACUUUCUCAUUAUAGGAAUGAUAUUAUAUAUUCCGAUGACGUGAUCGAUCAUGCAGUAAGUGUGACGAAUAAAAUUGAAAAUUUUAUUAACGAAUGUAAUAAUUAUUUGACUGAUCAAAUAAAUACCGGUGAUGUAGAUGAAGCUUCUUUGAUUCAUAACUUACAAGAAACCAAAAGUAUAGUACAUAUGGCUUUAGCAAAUGAUUUCAAUACUGCACAAGCAAUACGAGCUGUUUUAAAUCUAAUCGAUACAAGCAAUAAAAUGUUGUUUCAAAAUAAUAGUACUCAUAAUAACAAAGGUAAAACUGCAAUAGCUGCAGUUUCCGUAUACAUUUCAAAUAUACUUUCCAUUUUUGGAUUUACACGAUCUAAAUUUACAAUAGAAAAUCGUCAAACCGAUGAUAUCGUUAAAUAUUUUGUUGACUUUAGAAAUGUCGUUAGAAAUAGAGUAUUGGAGCAGAAACAAAAAGACGAAAUUUUAUUGAAUGCGUGUGACACAGCAAGAAAAAAUUUAUCCACUUGUGGAAUUACCGUCAAGGAUCGUAAGGGUUUGUCUACGUGGGAUUAUCACAAAGUUACUUAAAAUAAACCCAAUUUUAUGAAAGUUUAUUUCAAAAUAAUGGUCAAA